CAGCAUCUUCAUUGCAUAAUGGUACACUGAAGAAUCAUGACAUAAAAGUGUAUAAUAAUCUCAGUCUUUGUUUUGAAUAAGUAUAGUGGUUUAUUGUUGUUAAUUUAUUAUUAUAAGAAGAACGUGAAAAAUUAAGUGCGCAACCAUGAAUGACUUACCUAAAUUUUGUUUAUUGCUCGCGGUAAUAUUUUUUACAACAAAAAUUUAUGCUGAGGAUAUCAAUACCGAAGAAACUGUUGAUGAUUCGCUUCCUGGACAAGGAAUACCCAUUGCAUUGGCGAAUUUAUUUCCCAGUAUUGAAGAACCUACAACUAAAAGUCCUUUCCGAAGAAGGUACUUUUCAAAUGAUGUACGCAUUCCACCCGCAUAUCGACAUCUUUAUCCAGACGUAUUUUUUCGAAGAGUUAAACGGGACUUGUAUACGAUUAAUUUUGAUGAGUAUGUUCCAUCACCGUUAACAGAUUUUUAUGGAUUUCGAGCACAAAAUGAACGACUUCAGUACUCAACUACAGAAAAUGUUGUGGAAACAACUACCGAUACGAUUACAACCACUCCAACAACAACUACGAGAAGACCCAGAAGACCAAUGAAUCGUAGACGAAGACCAAAAGACCCAGCAGCUCGAGCUCGUGCAAGACAACGUUUAGCCAAUCGUGAUCAACGAAUUCCACCAGCAUUUGCAGAUCUAUAUCCACCAACAAACAAUAGUAAUCCAUUAAAUGUGACAGAAAUAAGGCGUCAAAAUAGAACACGGCAACGACCAGAUUUUCCAAGUCGAAUACCACCUGCAUUCCAACAUCUUUAUCCGGAGGCUCAAAACCCUGACACAACCUUAGCUCCAAACCCAACAACGGUAGAUGAUGUUGUAACUACUAAAAAGCCACGACGCAGACCAGAUUUUCCUAGUCGUAUCCCACCUGCAUAUCAGCAUUUAUACCCUGAUCCAGCUACGACUACUCCAGCAGCAACUACAUCUUCAACCACAUUGCCUUCAACAACGAUAUCGGAAGCGCCGGUCGUAUCACUAGCAAGAAAGGAUAAUGUUAUAUACCAAACUGCAAUAGAAACAACUAUACCAAAUGUAGAACAGACACAUACUACAGCAGUUGAUACUACACCAUUUUUAAUUACACGAAGUGGCUUCGAAGAUAGUGAAACUACAACAGCAAAAGAUCAAGUUCAAGUUACAGCAAUUGAAAAAACUAUUCUGAUUGAUUUGAAAGAUAAAGUUGAUAGCUUGAUACAAUUAAAAGAAAAUCAAGUUAAUAGACAGUUGACUUUAGAACAGAAAAUAUCGAGUAUAGAAAAUAUUCUUACAACCAAAUAUGAAACAAUUCAAUUGAAAAUGAGUGAUAUAUUGAAACAAAUAGUCAGACUAGAAUCACAAAAUAAUCGUUUAGAUUCUGCAUUAUACGUUUUGAGAAAAAAUUCUAUAAGCAUUAAACAUUCUUUGGAUAGUUUGAUAAAUACUACAAUUGCAGAAAUAUCGAGAGAUAUUACCAAAAAAAUGGAUUAUGUAUUAAGAUCUGUUGAUAGCUUAAGAAAUGAUUUAAAACAAUCAUCAACGCUUCAUUUUAAACGAUCAACAAUAAUCAAUACAGAUGGCAAUGAAGAGGGCAUUAAUUUCUAUGCAAUCGAAGGGGAAGGCAAUUUAUUACCAAAAAAUUGCCUUGAAAAUCAAAAUAAAGGCUUUAAUAAAUCAGGAGUAUAUCGAAUUUAUCCAUUGCAAUCCAGCUUAUCAUUUUUUGCAUUCUGUGAUAAUGGAUGGACUGUCGUUCAAAAUAGAAAUAGCGGAAAAAUUAAUUUUACUCAAUCCUGGAAUGAUUAUAAAUUAGGUUUUGGUAAUAUUGAAGAAGAAUUUUGGCUUGGAUUGGAAAAAAUACAUAUCCUGACGAAUUAUGAUAAAGUAGAACUGAUGAUUGAACUUGAAGAUUUCAAUUCAGUGAAAACAUAUGCACAUUAUAAUUCAUUUGCAAUUGGUUCUGAAUUUGAAGAUUAUUCUUUAUAUUUGCUAGGAAAUUACACCGGAACUGCGGGUGAUUAUUUACGAGGUCAAGUAGGUCAAAAAUUCACUACAUUCGAUCACAAUUUAGAAAAUAAUGACAAAUGUAACGGACAAAAUUUAGGUGGAUGGUGGACAAUUAAAAAUGAAUGUGUUCAAAGCAAUUUAAAUGGUUGGUUUAAAAAUGCAAGCAGCAAUGAUUUGGAAAAUGAUAGAAAAGGAAUUUAUUGGAAUAAUAUCAAUGGCCAACAAUUUAAAAGUUCGCGAAUGUUAAUACGGCCAUCUGUAGAAAAUUAAAUCGAUGAUUAUAUAUGAAUGUAAAAAUAUUUUAAA